AUGUCACUCCUUGUUAUUUUCCCUUUUGCUCUCUUCCUAUUCUCCUUCUUCUUGUUCAAAAAACACAAAACAUCAUCUGAAAAACCAACACUUCCACCAGGUCCUAAAGGCCUUCCGUUCAUAGGAAACUUACACCAACUUGAUAGUUCAUCUCUUGGUGUAAACUUCUACGAACUCUCAAAGAAAUAUGGCUCUUUAAUCUUCCUUAAACUUGGUUCAAGACCAACACUUGUUGUUUCAUCUGCUAAAAUGGCGAAACAAGUAAUGAAAACACACGACAUCGAGUUUUGUAACCGACCCUCUUUAAUCAGCCAUAUGAAGCUCUCUUAUAAUGGACUAGAUCAAGUGUUUGCACCCUAUAGAGAAUAUUGGAGACACACCAAAAAACUUUCCUUCAUACAGUUUCUUAGUGUCAAAAGAGUAGCAAUGUAUUAUUCGGUUCGAAAAUAUGAAGUGAGGCAAAUGAUGAAGAUGAUAACAGAACAAUAUGUGCCCUCUAACAAACCUGUCAACCUGCAUGAUCUUCUUGCGUGUCGUACAAGCGCGAUCGUUUGUAGGACAGCGUUUGGGAGGAGGUUUGAAGACGAAGGAACUGAGCAUAGCAUGUUUCAUGAUUUGCUUAAAGAAAUGCAGGAAAUGACGAUUUCGUUCUUUUAUACGGAUUAUUUGCCUUUUCUUGGAGGAUUUGUUGAUAAGUUUACCGGAAUGAUGGGUCGUCUUGAGAAAAUAUUCCAGCUUUUGGAUGGAUUUUUUCAGACUGUCGUCGAUGAACAUCUUGAUCCCGAAAGGAAGAAGUUGCAACCACACGAAGAGGAUGUCAUUGAUGCUUUGAUUGAUUUGAAGAAUGACCCUUACUGCUCAAUGGAUCUCAAAUCUGAACACAUCAAACCCUUGAUCAUGAAUAUGUUGUUCGCGGGGACGGACACGAUUUCGUCCGUGGUAGUUUGGGCGAUGACGGCGCUAAUGAAGAAUCCAAGAGUGAUGAAGAAAGUACAAGAAGAGAUUCGAAAAGUAUUUGGCGAGAAGGGUUUUAUAGAGGAAGAAGAUGUUCAAAAGCUUCCAUAUCUGAAAGCAGUUAUAAAAGAAACAAUGAGAUUGUACCCAUCUUUGCCGAUACUUUUACCUCGAGAAACCAUGAAAGAGUGUGAAAUUGAAGGGUACAGAAUUCCGAACAAGACAUUAGUGUUCGUGAACGCGUGGGCGAUUCAUAGAGAUCCGGAAGCAUGGAAGAAUCCAGAAGAGUUUUAUCCCGAGAGAUUUAUAGGAAGUGAUAUAGAUUUCAAAGGACAAGAUUUCGAUCUGAUUCCGUUUGGUUCGGGGCGAAGAGUUUGCCCCGGGUUAAACAUGGCGGUUGCUACUGUGGAUCUUUUACUUGCUAAUCUUUUAUAUUUGUUUGAUUGGGAAAUGCCGGAAGGUCUAAAGAGGGAAGAUAUAGAUUUUGAUGGUCUUCCAGGACUUGUUCAACACAAGAAACAUCCUCUGUGCCUUGUUGCUAAGACUAGAAUUGCAUGUGUGUGA